AUGCAGGCGCAACAGACCCAGGGCCACGAUAAUGCGACCGGCGCGGGGCCCAAGCUUGUGAACCGGUUGGGGGCUAGUAAAUCCCCGUAUGUUAGAGCACAUGGACACAAUCCUGUGGCCUGGCAGCUAUGGGAUGCGGAAAGCAUGGAACUCGCCCGGAGGCAUAACCGGCUAAUCUUCCUCAGCAUCGGCUAUUCAGCAUGCCAUUGGUGUCAUGUUAUGGAGAAAGAGUCGUUUAUGUCGCAAGAGGUAGCUUCGAUUCUCAACGAGUCAUUUAUUCCAAUAAAGGUUGACCGAGAAGAACGGCCUGACGUCGACGAUAUAUACAUGAAUUACGUUCAAGCAACCACAGGGGCCGGGGGUUGGCCGCUAAAUGUUUUCUUAACCCCGGAUUUGGAGCCCGUUUUCGGUGGCACUUACUGGCCCGGCCCGAGCUCGACCUCGUUGCUUGGCCCCGACACGGUCAGCUUUAUCGAGAUUCUGGAGAAGCUGCGGGAUGUUUGGCAAACUCAACGGCAGCGUUGUCUCGACAGUGCGAAGGAGAUUACCAAACAGCUGAAAGAAUUUGCCGAAGAAGGAACACACACGUACCAGGGUGACCGCCAAGCCGACGAGGAUUUAGAUGUUGAGCUUCUGGAAGAGGCGUAUCAACACUUUGCAUCUCGGUACGAUACGGCCAAUGGAGGAUUUGGGAGAGCACCCAAGUUCCCGACUCCGUCGAAUCUGAGUUUCCUCCUUCGUCUUGGAAUUUACCCUAGCGCGGUGUCUGAUGUCGUUGGACAAGAAGAGUGCGAGAAUGCUACAGCAAUGGCUGUUAAUACACUCAUCAGUAUGGCCCGUGGGGGUAUUCGAGAUCACAUCGGCCAUGGAUUUGCGCGGUAUAGCGUAACAGGGGACUGGGGCCUACCUCACUUCGAAAAGAUGUUGUAUGACCAGGCACAACUCCUAGAUGUCUACGUCGAUGCCUUCAAGAUCACCCACAGCCCAGAGCUGCUGGGUGCGGUGUACGAUCUGAUUACCUACCUUACAUCCGCUCCAGUCCAGUCUGCGACAGGGGCCUUCCACUCGUCCGAGGAUGCCGAUAGUCUACCAACCCCCAAUGAUACAGAGAAGCGAGAGGGUUCUUUCUACGUCUGGACCCUCAAGGAGCUAACUCAGGUCUUGGGCCCGCGAGAUGCUGGCGUCUGCGCUCGCCACUGGGGCGUGCUCCCCGAUGGAAACAUCGCACCGGAAAAUGACCCUCACGACGAAUUCAUGAAUCAAAAUGUCCUUUCGAUCAAGGCUACACCAAGUAAGCUGGCCAAAGAAUUUGGCCUAGGUGAGGAUGAAGUAGUGCGAAUCAUCAAGUCGAGCAGGCAAAAGCUGCGGGAAUAUCGGGAUAAAAACCGGGUACGGCCCGAUCUCGACGACAAAAUCAUUGUAGCGUGGAACGGAUUAGCGAUCGGUGCCCUAGCCAAGUGCAGCGUGUUGUUUGAAGAGGUCGACGGUUCAAAAGCGACUCAAUGCCGAGAGGCUGCAGCCAAGGCAAUCAACUUCAUCAAGGAUACUCUCUUCGAAAAGUCCACGGGACAACUCUGGCGGAUCUAUCGCGACGGCAGCAAAGGAACGACCCAGGGCUUUGCCGAAGACUAUGCCUUUUUGACCGGUGGACUAUUGGAUAUGUAUGAGGCGACGUUUGAUGAUAGCUACCUACAAUUCGCCGAACAACUACAGCGCUACCUCAAUGACAACUUCCUUGCCCUUGCCGGCUCAACCCCUGCAGGCUACUACACCACCCCGUCGACACCAACCCCAGGUUCACCGGGGACUCUACUCCGGCUGAAGACCGGUACCGAGUCUGCCCUUCCAUCAGUCAACGGGGUAAUCGCACGCAAUCUCCUCCGCCUCUCCAGCAUCCUCGAAGACGACAAAUACCGUGUUCUUGCCCGCCAGACCUGCCAUUCCUUCGCGGUAGAAAUCCUCCAGCACCCGUUCCUCUUCGUCGGCCUCCUAGAUGCGAUUGUGGGAUUAGAAACGGGGACAAGGAAUGUUACAGGGGUGUUCAGCACCGCAAACGCUACAGCGUCUACUUCGAGCUCGGGUCCGUCAACCCAGGAAGGAGGAGGAGGGGGCCCACCAGCAUCCUCGGGGCGGGACGCACUGGUGAAGAAAAUUCGUGCAGAAGCGGGUCUAUCCCUUUCAACGUCGGUGACUACCGUGGCAUCUCUGGUGGAUAUCAGGCCCUCGCAUUUGGGUGACUUUGUCGGGAACCAGUCUUUCUGGCUGCGCACGCGGAACCAGCUAUUCAAGGAUCUGAAGACGGGGAAUCCCGCCAGGAAUUAUCUGCUAGUAUGUGAGGAGGGGCGCUGUCAAACGGUUGAUCUAUAA